AUGCUGGUCGUUCGCCGCGGGCGCGGCCACGCCGCGCGCGGCGCGCCGCUGCCGUUCGCCUCGCUGUCGGUCGCCCUGCCGUUCGCCUCGGCGACGGUCACCAAGGGCAAGGGCAAGAGCAAGGCCGCGGAGGCCAAACCUGAGGAGGCCCCCAAGAAGAAGAAGAAGUCCGCCAAGGACGUGUUUGACGCGGCAUGCAAGUCCGCGCUGCGCGGCGGGCUGCCCGGGGCGGCCGCCAUGGGCAUCCAGGUGUGCUGCCACCCGCUGUCGCCGCGCCCCUCGCAUGCAUAG